CCCGCACAUCGUCUUGUUUGUCCCUUCCCGGCAUCCUGACACAGCGUGGAUUUCAAUGACACUGAUCUUACAUGAGCCCGUUCACUUACACAGGGUGUGAUGAUGUCGUUAACCUUUCUAUUCAGAACAGCAGCUCGUGAUGUUACAAAGGUCAGUCUGGGCCAACAUGUCCAGUCCCUACACAGCAGCUGUCAGCUCCUGGCUGUGGACAAAGCCCUCCUGAUGAAAUUGAGGAAAAACACCGGCUACACUUUCAUUAACUGCAAGAAAGCACUGGAGAAGUUUGACAAUGACACAGCACAGGCAGAGACCUGGCUGCACGAGCAGGCUCAGAAGGAGGGCUGGAGCAAAGCAAACAAACUGGAGGGCCGCAGAGCCAAAGAGGGUCUGAUCGGUCUGUUUAUAAGAGAUAAAGCUGCAGUUAUGGUUGAGGUGAACUGCGAGACAGACUUCGUUGCUCGAAAUGAGAAGUUCCAGCAGCUGGUUAAAGAUGUGGCAUUUGCCGCCUUGGCUCACCAUCUGAAUAAAACCAAAAGCCAGACAGGAUUUAUCAAAAGUGUCCUGCCAGGAGAAGAGUUGAGUAAACUCAGUGCAAAUGAAGGAGCUUCACUUGGGGACCAGGUGGCUCUAACCAUAGGUCGCCUUGGUGAGAACAUGUCGGUGAAACGGGCGGUGACGGUUGGUGUCCCUGCUGAGUGGCACAUCGGGUCGUAUGUGCACGGCGGUGUGAGCAGCCAGACUGAGGUGGCCAUGGGGAGGUAUGGCGCCCUGAUCGUGUUCCAGGGUGGAAAGGAGGCGGAGCGUGAAACUUUAGGUCGGAAGCUGGGACAGCACAUAGUGGGAGAGGCCCCUGUGUCCCUGGGCAACAUGGAUGACCUGUCCUGCGGGGAAAGCGAGACACGUCUGCUGCCUCAGACCUUCCAGGGAGACCCUAGCAGGACAGUAGCACAGUUCCUCAGGGGUCAACAGGCUCGGGUGUUAGACUUUGUCAGAUUUCAGUGUGGAGAGGCAGGAGAGGCCGCCAGUGAGAAAACAGAAUGAGAGGAAAGAAAUUAUUUAUCCAAUAGGAUUUGUCCUGUGUCUUUUUUUCAUAUGUCAAUUUACCAUGAAACAUUCAGACAGUCACAGAUUAUGCAUUUAAAAGAACUACAACCAUUGUAACAUGUUCAUCAAUAAAAUGUUUUUAAUGAAAAUGUUUAUUAUCUUUUUAAAUCAGUGAACUCUGCUUUCAUUAUUUUGUCCAUAUGAACUUCUAAAUCAAACAACUCUCUGGGAUGUCCUCUUCAUAUUUUGUAUCUGAGGUUGAUUUCUCCGUACUUGUAUUUGCAGAUAAAUUUGAAAGAGAUGUCGCUAAGAUGUAAGGUUGUGAUGAGUUUAUGGGUCCAGCUUGUUUGAUACUCUUCAUACAAAUUACAAAAUUAGUUAUUUUGAGCCAAGGUGACAGAAGUACCUAAGGUAAACACUUGUUAAUGCACUGUGCAUAAAAAAAGUGUUGUGCAUGAACGAACGCAAAAGAUGAACUUAACGCAACUCGAUGACAAAUAAUGAUUUUAAACGGUGAACAAGUUCAUAUUG